AUGCCAUUGCCGCAGGCUAUCUCCACAACGAAACCACCCCGCCUUGAUUCCCAGCUUGCAGGCAUGUGCGGAUGUGCCCAGCCACCGGCAGAACAAUCACGCGACAGCACAAUGAACUUCCCAUGUAGCCGAGCCAUCCACACCGCGUCAUCUUCCUUGGCGCCGAUUAUACUGGCUUCUCGGUUUCUUUUGUACGUGUCCAUCAUAACCGUGUGCAGUUUUAGACCGCAGGCCAUCUACAUGGCGGCCGUCAUCUCGCCAGAGCAGCGGCGGCUGCUCUCCUUGCCGUUCAUCUAUGAUGGCGAUGUUGUCUCUACCUUCUCCAGUCUUGCAGUACGAGGAAGCACCCAGACAAUCUUCGGCCCAGUAACCGGAUCCUUGGUACCACAGCUCUCCACGCAAAUGGAUACGUCAGGUAGCUUUGCAAUGGAGGGUAAUGUCAGACCAGUGGUGCGCCGGCUCUACCUCUCUGUCUAUAAUUGGGCUGCGUUCUUUGGAUGGGCACAGGUGUUGUGCCAUGCAACAUUAGCAUUGUUGGUGAGGAAGCCUGAGGCUAUCUACACCGCUAUCGAGCAGCCGCUACUGGUCACGCGGACUGCCGCUUUAAUGGAGAUUGUCCAUUCACUUGUAGGGUUUGUGAAGUCUCCUGUCUCCGCAACAAUUCUACAACUUAUUGGAAGGAUGUUUGUUACAUGGGGUGUCUUGUGGAGCUUUCCCGAGACACGCCCUCAUAUUCUUGUUACUUCCUUGAUCCUAGCAUGGUCCAUCGCUGAGGUCAUCAGAUAUCCUUACUAUGGUAUGAAGGAGACAUUUGGAUUUUCUCAUUUCUGGCUAUUAUGGCUUAGGUACAACAUGUUCCUCAUACUCUAUCCUAUUGGUAUGUUAAGUGAAGUUGGCCUCAUAUACGUCACACUGCCUUACAUGAAGGCCUCCAAUAAAUACUGCCUUCAAAUGCCCAAUAAAUGGAAUUUCUCCUUCAACUACCACUAUGCAUAUGUUCUUCUAAUGGGUAUCUAUUUUCCAGGAUUUCCACACUUGUUCCAUUAUAUGCUCGUUAGGAGGAAGGUGGUCUUAUCAAAGGCAAAAGCCGCAUAA